GUUUGGGUAGGCGGUAGCUAUUGGUAUUAGAGUUUACAAGAACAGACUUUUGUAUUUCUCUUCUCUUCUCUUCUCUGUCUUUCUCUCUCAUCUCAGAUCUGAGAGUCUCAGAGAGAUCACAGGGUUCCACGGAGUUCACGCAUUUUGACCCUUCUAUUCUCACCCGAACGCAACGCUCCAAUAAUCUAGCUCCGAAUCCCUCCAAUCGGAUCCCCCUACCCGAUUUCGCGCGGAUCUAGGAGCUCAGUGUGUGAGUGAGUAAGGUUGGGGUUUGCGAUGGCUCCCACGACGAUCCGGAAGGCGAUUGGGGUGGUGAAGGACCAGACCAGCAUAGGGAUUGCGAAGGUCGCCAGCAACAUGGCGCCGGAGAUGGAAGUCGCGGUUGUCAAGGCAACCAGCCACGACGACGACCCCGCCAGCGAGAAGUACGUCAGGGAGAUCUUGAACCUCAUGUCGCACUCGCGGGGCUACGUCCACGCAUGCGUCUCCGCGGUGUCCAAGCGUUUGGGGAAGACGCGCGACUGGAUUGUGGCGCUCAAGGCGCUCAUGCUCGUACACCGGCUCAUGAACGAGGGUCCCCCUCUGUUCCAGGAGGAGAUCCUUUACGCCACCCGCAGAGGAACACGGCUCCUCAAUAUGGCUGAUUUUAGAGACGAGGCUCACUCCAGCUCCUGGGAUCACUCGGCUUUUGUGAGGACCUAUGCCAUGUAUCUCGAUCAGAGGCUUGAGUUGAUGCUGUUUGAUAGAAAGAGCACCGCCGCCGGUGCCGGUGGUGGUAGUGUUGGCGGCGGCGGCGGUGCUGAUGAUAGGUUUGGCGGAAGGGAAAAUUUCCGGUCGCCGCCGUAUGAGUACGGUGGUGGGGAGUACAGAGGGGAAGGUGGUUAUGGGUAUGAUAAUGGGAUGAGGAGGACGAGGUCUUUUGGGGACAUGAGUGAAUCGGUGGGCAGGGGAGAUGAGAGAAGUGUUGUGAGUGUGACUCCUUUGAGGGAUAUGACUCCGGAGAGGGUUUUCGGUAAGAUGGGCCAUUUGCAGAGGUUGUUGGAUCGGUUUCUGGCUUGUAGACCUACUGGGUUGGCGAAGAAUAGUAGGAUGGUCUUGAUUGCUUUGUAUCCGGUGGUUAAGGAGAGUUUUCAGUUGUAUGCUGAUAUAUGUGAGGUUUUGGCUGUGUUGCUUGACAAGUUCUUUGAUAUGGAGUAUGCCGAUUGCGUGAAGGCUUUUGAUGCUUAUGCCAGUGCGGCUAAGCAGAUUGAUGAGCUUGUUGCUUUUUAUAAUUGGUGUAAGAAUACUGGUGUGGCUAGGUCCUCGGAGUACCCUGAGGUUCAGAGGAUUACCAGCAAGUUGCUUGAGACGUUGGAGGAGUUUGUGAGGGAUAGGGCUAAGAGGCCGAAGAGUCCCGAGAGGAAAGAGGAGGCUCCACCUGUAGAGAAGGUAGAGGAGGAGCCGGCACCAGAUAUGAACGAAAUCAAAGCAUUGCCUCCUCCGGAGAAUUAUACCCCUCCUCCUCCACCCGAGCCGGAGCCUAAGCCCCAGCCGCAGGUUACAGAGGAUUUGGUGAAUCUGAGAGAUGAUACAGUCACUGCAGAUGACCAGGGGAAUAAGUUUGCUUUGGCUCUGUUUGCUGGUGCGCCUGCCAAUAAUGCAAAUGGAUCAUGGGAAGCAUUCCCUUCAAAUGGACAACCAGAAGUGACUUCAGCCUGGCAAACCCCAGCUGCAGAGCCAGGGAAAGCUGAUUGGGAAUUGGCAUUGGUAGAGACCGCAAGCAAUUUGUCGAAGCAGAAGGCAGCUUUAGGUGGUGGUUUAGAUCCUCUAUUAUUGACUGGCAUGUAUGAUCAAGGAAUGGUCAGGCAGCAUGCUAGCACUACCCAAUUGAGUGGGGGGAGUGCAAGCAGUGUGGCAUUGCCAGGACCGGGAAAGACUACAACCCCUGUUUUGGCUCUCCCUGCUCCGGAUGGAUCUGUGCAGCCAGUUAAUCAGGAUCCAUUUGCUGCAUCCUUGAGCAUUCCACCCCCGUCCUAUGUCCAAAUGGCUGAUAUGGAGAAGAAGCAGCAUUUGCUUGUGCAGGAGCAGCAGGUGUGGCAUCAGUAUGCAAGGGAUGGGAUGCAAGGCCAGUCUAGUUUGGCCAAACUGAGUGGCCCUGGAUACUAUGCCGGAGGCCCCAUGCCCAUGAUGCCUUAUGGAAUGCCCCCAGUCAAUGGAAUGGGACCUCCAGCCGGGUAUUAUCAAACUCCUUACUGAUAUCCCUUUCCCUUUUUUGUGUCACAUAUCUAUAGGUUGUUUCGUUUAUUUUUUACUAUGACAUAGUGUUUUCCUUGUUUCAAAUGAUGUCAUCUUAUUCUUGAGAUCUGCACAUUAGUACUGCGGGGAUGCCAAGGGGACUGAGUUAAAAGGGACAAAUUCGUGUUGGGUUUUGAUGCCUGGGAGAUGUGUACCUCAUUUGUGAUGUCUCUCUCUGUAUUUUGUAAUACUAGCAUUUUCUUCUCGAUUUUGUACUUCUUGCUCCUUAAAAAAAAAACAAACGAUUAACUACUGUAAAUUUUUAUUGAAUGCUGGUGCUGAUGAUCUUGAUUGGUUAUACCAAAUAAUGUUCCAUCCUGUAGGAACCUGCCUUGACGGCCUAUUCUUAAACUUUA